AUUUCAAGCAAGCGAGGACAUUGCUGUUGUGCCAGUUGACUGGUAUGAUGACGGGAUGGUGUACUGGCCCAGCUUUAAGAGCACUGAACGUGUGAAAUGGGCAGCUGCUAACGAGGAGAAGCAUGAGCCAAACUGGCCAAGAUAUGACGUAAAGGUCGUCAGAACUUUUGACAACUACAAAAACGCCAUCAGGCUUAUGAAUCAAUAUCAGACCGGCUGCAACACCUCUGAGCUACAGUCUGGGGCAGAGCAGGAGGGUGAGCUGCCAGAGAAACGAGUCAGGAAGCCAAUCCAUCGUUUUGGGAACUCUGAUGAGAGUGAAGAAGAGACAGAAAAUUGUGACUUAGCUUCUCUGAGGUCGCCACGACCUUCCAACUCGGCUGGUGUAUCAGUUGGAUCCUCAAGCCCAAACCAAUUACACUGGCAAACUCCACCAGGCAGCAGAGUCACUACUCCUCAACCUGGAGGAAACUGUCUAGGGCCAUUGUUUGGCCCUGUAGCUCACAGUAUACCAUUGGUUAACAGAUCACAACCAUUUAAUAGCAAUCUCUCUCCCUUAGCACCUGACCAUGGUGCCGGACCGCAACACCCUUCACCACCUCAACUCCCUGCAUCUGCAUUUAACAUGAGGAGAGUUACUCAAGGAACGGCAGUCCCUCCUCAACUCCCUCCACCCCCCGCACCAACCCUCAACAUGAGGCGAACAGAGCCCUCUUCAAUCCUGGCCUACAGACCAACAUGGCGAGGGGGAAGAAUGACCGAUACCAUUCCCUGCUAUGCGGCUGAGGUCCACAUCCUUAGCCUGCUGGAGACCAUUAAACAGCAACAAGACCAGCUUGCCGGAUGCCGGACAAUAUCCAGUUUCCCCUGGAACAAUUGGAGGCAGUGGAGGCAUUUGAAAUGUUUUUAAAGGAACCGUCAAAUGGCCCAGCUCGACAGAGAGUGGUGCUGUGAGGAAAAACAGUGACACAGUCAGCCACGGACGCAGAGGUCACCAAGCACGCAAUCAGGUGGUUCAACCUGACAGCGGAUCGCGCAAC